AUGGAGGAGGAAGGAGAAAUCCCCGCACCAAUGGAGGAGGAAGUGGGAACCUCCACAGCAAUGGAAGAGGAGCGUGAUGUGCAGGAAGCAGUGAUCCCUUUAUUACGUGUUACAAAGCUUGGGAGCCAUAAGGGAUCACCUUGGGUUGAAAUGAAGGUCAACCGAUUGCGUGUCCUUCGUCCAGAAGCAAAGGCAGUCAUCUCAUAUGCCAUGGAUGAGAGCAGAAAUGAUGAUGAAAUGCUGGUGAACAUAAAUGAUAUUUUCCUCACAAGAAAAGAGAUGAGAACAAUCUCUUACAAUCAUUGGAUAUCAAAUAUGGUGGUUGAAGUCUAUUGCCAAAUGCUCCAGCUGAAACAAAAGCGUAGAGGAACCAAAUUUUUCUUUCCGCCUUCGAUUGGGAUUGAACUUUCCAAGAUACCUUCAAAAGUGGUUGAUAGGAAAGGUAAAAUACAAGCAGUUUGGAACAAGUAUAAAAGGAUAAGGAAUGUCGAUGAUAACAAAGUUUGCCAAUUCAAUAUGCUUUUCUUUCCAAUACUUGUAAAUGAGAAACAUUGGUGCUUGUAUGUCUUUAACAUUUGCGAUAGUCGUAUGGAUGUGUUGGAUUCAAUGAAGCAAUGUUCGCAUGAUAAGCAUACUCCAGACAAGAUGUCAAAAGAUUUGGUAAUGUUGGUUGAGGUAUUCACCAGAAGAGAUCUACAAAACUUCAUAUACAAUGUGCCCAACGUACCUCAACAGCCCGAUAGGUAA